GAGAAUCCUUUGUCAGUAACCAUCAUGGUAUUAAGAGGUGUGCUGUGUGUAUUGGCACUUGGUAUUGUCAGUGCCAAGGGCUCGGUCAAUGACAAUGCCCUUGAAGGUGGAGAGAGGGUAGUUCUAGUGGCGCCUGUAUUGGCACCUCCACGAGACUCUAAGGCCCUGGUGACGGAUCGAGCGAGACAGUUCCCGAUUUUGGUUCUGCUUUCACAGCAGGAUCAGAAAGGCGAAAGACGUGAGCCUGAGGCAAAAGCUCUAGCGAACCCACAGCCCAUUUAUGUCCAGAAACUUGAAGACCAAGAACAACAUAACAAUGGAAGAUCUAACAGACAAAAGAGAACGUUAUUAAAACAUUUACUUUUGGGAGGAGGAGGGGGUGGAUUCUCUCUUGGAGGUGGUUGGGGAGGAGGUUACGGCGGAGGUUAUGGUGGCGGUUAUGGGGGUGGUUACCAAGGAGGCUAUGGCGGACACGGCUACGGGCAACCAUCCAAAACUGUUGUCGUUAAAGUCAUAAAGGAACAUCAUCAUGGAGGAUACGGUGGAAAUCACGGUGGCAAUUACGGCGGUCAAGGAGGAUAUGGCGGCGGUGGUUACGGAGGAGGCGGUGGUUAUGGCGGCGGGUAUGGAGGCGGCGGCGGAGGCGGAGGCGGCGGAGGUUACGGAGGGGGUUACGGCGGUGGCGGCGGCGGAGGUUACGGAGGGGGUUACGGAGGGGGUUACGGCGGUGGCGGCGGCGGUGGUUACGGAGGAGGGGGCGGGGGUGGGUACGGGAAACGUAAAUAGUGAUUGGUAACGCGUGACAAACUCGACUAAACCGAUGUAAAGAGGAUGCACGGUUAAUGGCCAAUUCACAAUAAGAGAACUCCAACGAUCAGCGACCUUAGGACAAUUAUUUAUAAACUUAAUCACACUCUGUAUAUAUUGACGUUUAAAAAUACAUUAGAACAUCAAUUUAAAAUAAUAUUUCUUAUUCAUUAUUAAUAAAGAGUAUAAAAAAUACAUUAUGUGAAUUUGUAAACAUAAUUCAUGUUUAAAUAAGCAUCUUCCAGUCGAUGUGAAAUGUCCCUGAGGGUUUUUUUGACAAACUGCCUUAUUAACAUUUAAAAGGUAUUGAAUUGUAAUUCUUAAACUUAAUGACCAUCCUAAGUUUAGUGUUUAUUAAUUUUAAUUUUAGCCUGCUAAGAGCUUCCAACUCCAGUAUAAGGGGGUUUAUUAUCUACGACUCCCUGUUAUUAAACAAAUGCCAUUGCUAAAAUAACUAUUACCAAUAAGUAGUUUAAGAAUUCAAUAAUAAUUGUUACGUAAAUCACUUUACUUAAACUUUGUUAUAUAAUCUAGUCUCUAAGAUAUAUUACACUGUGGAAAUCUCCCCUUGCUCAAUUCGUAAUAAAAAAAACGUUACAAA